UGCUUUUGGUGGAGGCUUCAUUGGGUCGAUACCUACCUAUUAUACCUGGGUUAGAUUGUAAAGAAAGCCUCCUAAGAUUUUGCAAUUCCGUGACUAUCCAAGCCUGCUUCGAUUGGUUUCCAGACGGAAAUGUGACGAUAAGGUGGGAUAUCAUGAAUGAAACUCGAGGUGGUUACACGGCUAACGUUACAAUCUUCAACUACUUGAAGUAUCACGACAUUGAAGGACCAUGGGUGUUAGAUUGGAUAUGGGAAGACCAAAUCCUAUUGAGCACUGUAGGUGUUCAAAGUAGUAAUUUUACGAUAUACCCGGACGACAGAAAUAGGGUUAUGAUUGUGGAGUUACCGCCACAAACUGAUGAUAAUGAUGACCAGCUAAUCAUACCAACUUCUAGCAAGGACGGUGGGAUUCCUAGGUUUAGAGAAGAACAUGACGACCUUGCAAAAAGCUCUUUUACGUUCCAAAUUGAUGUUGGCCGAGCUAAUCUAAAAUAUCAUCUUCCGGCAAUUGAUCAUGUAGCUCUGACCACACCAAGAGGGACAUACAUAUGUGAUAAAUUGAUGAAAGUUACUCAAACUCCGGGUUAUCUGAGUAAACUCGUGGAGCACGAGUUGCGGUCAGUGGCGGCGCUAGGUAGAUGGGAGUGGGGUCACUUGCCCCAGUAA